GAGCUGUGUGCAGUGAGGAGGCGCGGGUCCUUCUGUCCUGGCUCCGACGGCGCCCCCACCUCCAUGAACGGCGGCGCUUCUGUCUGCUCGAGCUCCUGCUGGAGGGCCGGCGCUGCAUGGCCCCAGGGCUGGAAAUGACUUCUGUCCAGAGCGGGAUCAGAGCAGAAGAGCUGCCCGCGCCGGCCUUCGUCAAGCCGGCUCCGGUGGGGGGGCAGGGGGUCGCCAUGAGGGGAGAGGAGGACGUCGGCGACAAGCCCAAGGCAGCUCCGGCUCUGCUGCCCUUCAGCGUCGAGGCGCUCAUGGCCGACCACAGGAAGCCGGGAAGCUGCGGCGGAGUGCGAGACAGCCCCGUCAGCGGGCCCGACCUGGGAGGGCCCUCUGGCCGCCAGAGCACCCUGAGCCCCAGGAUGGGGGGAUCUUCCGCCUCGCUGCUGGAAAGGCCGGCCUCCCCGUUAGCCGUGGCCAGCCAUUUUGCCGUCGGGGGAUUAGGGAAGCUGCCCGAAGAGGCGCUGGUCAAAGCCGAAAGCCCCGAGAAAGCGGACCGGACGGCUUGGAUGCAGAGCCCCCGCUUCUCCCCGCCUCCUCCAAGGCGCGCCAGCCCCCCAGCCUGCACCCUCCGGAAGCACAAGACCAACCGCAAGCCUCGGACACCCUUCACAACGGCGCAGCUGCUGGCGUUGGAGAGGAAGUUUCGGCAGAAGCAGUACCUAUCCAUUGCCGAGCGCGCCGAGUUCUCCAGCUCGCUCAGCCUGACAGAGACGCAAGUCAAGAUCUGGUUCCAGAACCGGCGCGCCAAGGCCAAGCGCCUGCAAGAGGCUGAGCUGGAGAAGCUCAAGAUGGCAGCCAAACCUAUUCUGCCGCCCACCGCCUUCGGCAUCUCCUUCCCGCUAGGCGGGCCGGCCGUGGCCGGCGCCUCCCUUUACACCUCGUCGGGCCCGUUUCAGCGCGCCACCGGCUUGCCCGUCACCCCCGUGGGACUUUAUGCUGCGCACGUGGGCUACAGCAUGUACCACCUCACUUAGAGCCCGGCAGACAGCUCUUCGCAGCAGCAGCAGCAGCAGCCGCCCCUCCAGGAGAAGAUGGGUGCUGCCGCCGCCGCCCAAGCGGGUCGGCCUGGAGGAAAAGCCCGCCCCACAGGGCAAACCUGCGGUUCCUUCUUGGUAUAGAGGGGCAUCAGCUAGCAGAGGAGGAAGAGAGAGCCCUAUGGCCCCUUUGGGUACUCUCAAAAGACCCUAGCAAUCCAGCUCCCCUUCAGGUCAGACUGUCUGGAGGCCCCCUUACUCUUGCCUCCUGUUCUCCCAACAUGCCCCGAGAAAGGGUUUUGUGUACUGUGUAAUAUACUGUACAGCUGAAAAGUUAUUAUCAUUUAUAUUAAUAGCUAUAUUUGAUAAAUAAAUUAAUUUUAAAUGACCUUGACUUGAUAGGGCUGGACAUUGCCUUCCAACUAGAAAGAUCUAAAGGAUUUCAUUUAUUCUAAUCUCAUGCUUUUUUGAGAAAAUUUAUUUAUUUGCUUGGUCCAAAAUAGAUGUUGUUAAAUAUCUGGCUCUUAAAUCAGCCCCACCCACAAAGAAUCUGUCACAGUGCAGGUUGCCAGGGUCAACUUCCAAAGUAUUCUGGUUUCCCUGGUGGCAGAAAAUUCCACUGAUUACAAGAAACCUAUUGUACUUUUAGGGAAUAUGAUUAGCUUAGAAAAUAUCUAUAGUUCUUUCUCUCCCCCCGCCCCCCAACAGCAUGUUCCCAAGAAUUAAAGGGAACUUACGACAAGUAUUUUGGAAUAAGAUGCACCUUAAAAAUGAGCCCCCCCCCCAUCAAGAGGACUUACUUGGGGGAAAAAGUCCAGUUGACAUAAAAAUGUUUCUUACCUUGACAUGGCAUACCUAUACAUUUCCUUAUUCUUACAAAAAUAUAUAGAUAUCCAUUAAGACAAUGGAUAUUCCACAAUAGCCUUUACAUCAAAACAUAUACAUUUCAAAAUCAUAGUUUUAGAGGCAUUGGCUAAGUGAGCAGGAGUCAAUGUGCUGAAAUAAUUGAUUAUGCAAAUCUGCUUUCAGGUGAUUUUCCAUUUGGCUACACUAGCAUCCAAAUUCAGCUGCAAUCCUGUAUAUCUUGAAAAGUGCCUAUUGGUCUGAGCAGCUUACAUCUGAAAAGGUGCAUUUAGGAUUGUAAUGCUAGUACUCACUUAGAAAAAUGUUGGUGAAACAGGAUUCUCUCCACAAUCACUAGAGAGUAAAUUGUUACAUUUAUUCUUACACACACACACACACACACACACAGAGAGAGAGAGAGAGAGAGAGAGAGAGAGAGAAUUGCAGCUUUGCAUUUCAACUUAGUAUGUUGCAGUUACAGGCGCUCAUGUUUUUAUUUUUAAUUUGGA